UUAACGACUACAGAAGCUUUUUUCUCUUUCAGUUUUUUUUUUCUUUUAACGGGUGGCUUGUUUGUUAUAAGAAGACAUCCUUUAGUAGAAAGGAUUAUUAUUUUGGGUCGACGUGAAAAAGAGAAAAUGCGUAACGCGCUCAAAAAUGUUGAGACUGCGUUUGUUUGUCUUUUAAUCAUCUCCAUUUGUAUUUAUGCGUAUCGAUGCAGGACGGUCAUUAUAUCGCAGCGGCCUUUCUCUGCUUGCUUUAACAGUUCGAUAGAUUUGGAUGCCAUGCGCUAUAUGAUUCAUAGUUUCGAUAAAGUCAUGAACGAAUAUAAUAUAAUGCAUUGGAUUGAAGGUGGAACUUUGCUCGGUGCUCUCAGAUAUGGCGAUAUAAUACCGUGGGAUCACGAUGGGGAUUUUGGUUACUUGCUAGCAGAUAGAGCCAAAGUCGUAAAAGUUGUUGUUCCAGUUUUAAAAAACAAAUACAAUAUUUCGGUUGAUCCUUUAAAGCCAACGGAAAUGAAAUACAAAGGAUUAAUUGUCGAUCUUUAUAUAUAUAAAGCCCGCGUUACAGACCCUGGCAUGUUGACUCGUGCCGUACCUACUCAACCGGAAGUUCUUGAAAAGUAUUUCGAUAUUGCAAAAAGCCUAAUUCUGCCAACUACAAGGUGUAUGUUUGCUGGUCGUUUGGUUAACUGUCCUUCUCAGUCUGAGGAAGUAUUGCGUUGGCGCUUCCGAUAUACGUAUAAUAUGACGUUUCCCUAUAAACUGAAGUGUUGGUUACCUUGGAAUUACGUACGUGUUCAUCAGAUAAAAGUAAAAACCUAAUAUUUCGUGUGUUUUGAGGGUAUUGUCAAGUGGGGUGAAAGCAACCGAGACCGUUGGGUAGGGAGGAAUAAAUGUUAUAAUAUUUAGUUUCGUUUAUCCUGCUAUAUAAGCUCAUCUUCGUUUUUCACAAGUAAGUAUUGUAAACAAGCAAUUCCCUUAAUUAUAUCCCCGACACCUUAUACGUUUUUGUUCUUAGUCUGUAACUCAUCAAAUAUUAAAACUAUUUCAAAAGUGAUGGCAAGAAUUUCUCGAUGAAUUAGUGUUCUUUGAUUAAUAUUUAGACAGAAAUAAUACAGUGAGCUGGCAAAAUGGUUAGCACGUCGGAAAAAUGCUUGGCGGCAAUUCGACCGUCUUUACGUUGUGUUCGAAUUUUACCAAUGUCGACUUUGCCUUUGACCCUCUCGGGGGCGAUAAAAUAAGUACCAGUUUGAACUCUAGGGUCAAAAUAAUCAACUUACCUUACCCUCAACAUUGCUGGCCUUGUACUAACAUUUGAAACUAAUAUUUAGACUGAAAUUCUAUAUUAUUUACCAGGACUAAAUUUUAUUUUAUUAAAAGCUGUAGCUGAAAUCGGACAUUAUUUAUCCUACAAAAACAUUCUCAAAUUAAAAUUAGAAAUUCAAAUUAUGCAAAUGACUUUAGCGAGAUGAACCUGUCCAAGUUUCAACAUAGAUGAGAUCAGAGGAUUUGUUAAGCAGAUCGAGUAAAUUAAAUAGAAACCCUUGUAGGAGUUAAUUGGGUUUUCGAAGUUUAAGACUGCGGAGUUUUAAGAGAGUAAAUGAGAUUGUAUAACAAGAUAUGCAGGCUUUUUUGAAGUGCAUUCGACACGUUCAAACUAGAAUUAAAACCGGGGUGGAGUGAUCUUAUUACUUUCUACCUGUUAAUCAACGAUGUUGCUCACCGCUUAACAUGAUAACACAGUUUAGCAGGCAAUAGGAAACCAAUAUCAUUUUAUGGUAUGAAUUCUCGGAAUUUAUAUGGUGACUUGUGACAGUUCCAAAACAGAAAUGGUAUUAAGUAGAUUGGUUUAAUCGUGGAAUCGGAAUAUCGAGAAUUUAUUAUCGCAAUGCUUUUUAGAAACAUUUUUUGCAACAAGAUCAAUAUUUGCAAUGAAGGAAGAGCUUCGAUCGUUUAACUUGAUCAUAAUAAAUUAGAAUUGCUACAGUUUUGCGGAUCCACUGAAAUUUGAACUUAUGACUCGCAAAUUAUACGUUAAAACUAUCAUAAGUCUCUUAGUUGAAAGCCUUACUUUUUUGCACCAGUUCACGUGUUCUCUCAUCGAUUCUGAUUUUGGAUUAAUAUACACUAGAAAUGUGUUUGUACUCCCAAGUAACUUCCAAUGAACAUAUCCCAUUAUUUCUCAAUGAUAUAUUUAUA